AUGUCGUACCGCGAAAUGACAAACCGCGAAAUGACAGCCUCUUAUUCAAUAUCGAUUAAUUUUCUAUGUAAAGUUUUUAACGUUUGCUAUCUUUUUUCCAGAACUACUGAAAACCUUCUGCAUAGACUCUUUGUCUGUAUAGCAGGAGUCGCCGAUCAAUUACAAACCAAUUUUGCUGCCGACCUACGCCAAAUGCUAAAAAGUGUGUUCAUUAUAAAUUCAUCACCUCCGGAACCGGAAGAGCCACCAGAGUUAGCACCGACGUCAAGUGAUAAACCAAAGGAACCAGACCCAACGGAUUUGUUUGAAUUUCGUGCUAGCGAACAGGAUGUAAUAACUCCCGGUCAAAACAGUGGAGGGUCGAGUCAAAGCAUUUAUUCAGCAGAGGAAGUAAAUCCAGAAGAUCCGCAUGACUCUGUUUUUGGAUCUCCGGGCACUUCUCCCAUACGAGCUUCUUCUGCUCCGCGCACUAUGAUGACUACUGCAGAGAGUGGAGGUGUGACAGUUAAUGUUUCUGUUUCGGUUGUUACCGGUGGUGGCUCUAGCUCCAGUAGGAAUGUCCAAGAACGAAGUGUUAGUUUAAGUGAAACGUCGAUUGUGGUCGAAAACAAUGGUGGAGCCACAGAUUCCAAUUUACGUGAUAGCCACCGAAGACACAGUGCAAUUGGGUCCAAAGGCGAGUACGGACGAAGUCGAUCUAGUCCGAACAGUCCAGUGAAUGGAACAUCUGCUGAAGAACGCCGCAUGCCGGAGGCACCUCCCCGUUGGAUUCCAGAUGGAGAUGCGCCACGUUGCAUGGCGUGUGCCUCUUCAUUUACACCAUUCAGGAGGCGACAUCACUGUCGGAAUUGUGGUGGGGUUUUCUGUGGCGUAUGCUCGAGCGCCUCUGCACCACUUCCCAAAUACGGAUUGACUAAGGCGGUGCGGGUUUGUCGAGAUUGUUAUGUUCGUGAAGUGGGGACCUAGAGAUUAGCAGCGCUGAAAAAACUCAAUUCUUUUUAGUUAACUAUUGUUGAAUUUUUCACGUGACGAGUUCUUUUCUUACUGUGAGGUAUUUGUUUUUACUAAAAUGUAACAUGUCUGUUUUAUUUGUAUUUUACAAAACAUAAGACGAAGUAAAAUUAUCAAAUCAUGUUUUUACUGAAAUUUACGCAUCUCUUUUCAAAGCUAUCCAAUUUUUUUCUGAAGGAUUUGUAUAAACCAGAGUACCCGAUUCUUUUUAUCAGUGGUAAUCACAAGAAUGCUUUAUUUAAAAAAAGGUGACCGGGAUCAUAUUGCCCAAAGAAAACUCAAAAAAAAAAAAAUCAUUGCAAAAACUAAAAAGAAAAUGUACUUCUAUUUACAUUGAUUUAACUUAUUCUUUAAAGUUUUCGCUUACAUAUUUUUUUGGUUUUAUUUUUUGAUUAUGUAAAAUAUAAGAUGUUCUACACUUAAAACAAAUAGCUUCUGUUGCAAUUAUAACCGUUUGUGAAGGUGACAAAUGUUAGAUUGUAAGAUUAGCUUUGAUUGUGUUUUUUACGGUCCCUCUACAAAGUCCUGACUGAAAAUUGAAACCCAUCUUGUAUCGUUUGUUCAAAUUUUUCCAAUCAGCUCUGAAUUCAUCGAUCAUUAAUCGUAGAAAAUGUGAAAAAUUCAGGAAACAUUUGUGAAAACCUAUGCAAAACGAAUCUGGUAUGCUUGUAACUUGCUUUACAGUCAAACCUCCAUGAGUCGAUAUCUGAAAGGACCAUCGACUCAUGGAAAUAUCGAGGCGUGGAAACAAAUGCCUUGGAAAACUGUUUGAGGGGAUGGUCAUAGUAACCAUGAAAUUUUGCUUUCAGUAUGGUUCCAUGAGUCGAUAUCGAGUCAUGGAACAUCGAGUCAUGGAGGUUUCACUGUACUACGAACUUCGUAAGAAUUGCAUAAUUAAUGUGUUCACUUGAAUAUUUCCAGUUUACAUUAUGACCAUCACAACUAUUCGAAUACAUU